AUGGAGGUGGAGGAGGAGGAAAGACGCUCUCCACACGAUCAUGUGGAUCGGUGUGUUCCUGAGAGCUUCUUCUAUCGCGUAACGCAAGGGUUACGCGACGAUCUCGAACAUGAGCGGGACAGGCGUCUCCAACUGGCGGACACUGCCUUGAAGCAUCGAGCUGAGUUUGCCUUUGCUCAGCUUGAGAACGAGAGAUCUCUGACAUCUCUUCGUGACGAGCUAAGGGUAGCUCGUGGGAUUGUUGAUCGGUCUCGGGAUGAGAUAGCUGCUCUUCAGACCCUUGUUGAUGCCCACCAUCGGGAGCACAAGGCUCUCUGCGAGAUGCUUGAGCGCAAGAGCGUUCUUCAUCGGAAGAAGCAGCGUACUGAUGGUACGGCUUAA